ACAUAGCCAUCUUGUAGAGAGUGACUGAGUGAGUGAGGGAGGGAAGUGUUGGCGCUGUUUAUAUCCCCGUUUGUUUUAAGGCGUGAGGUUUCGCUGCAUUUUCUUCUGUCGACCGCGGUGAGCCUUGAAUUACGUGUCGUUACUGAAAGACUUUGGGCCACUGUCGCGAGCGGCUACGAAGGAUACUGCUUUCAGGAAGAUGUCUCACAUACUUGUUCCGACGUAGGGGGAGUGUACAGCAGCAGCAGAAGCAGCAGCAGCAGCCAGUUGGCUUUACUUGCUAGCUAGCUCGGUGAGUUGAGGGCUGCGGGCCCUCCUCAGCUUCAACUAGCUCCUGGAGCUGGGCAACGCAUAGUGCGUCAAAGGCCCUUUGAGAGCUGCACAACCGGGAUAUUAUCAGACCAGUCCGGACUAACUGAGACCUGUGGAUCUAUCCCCGACACAGACGGCGCAUCGCUGGUCAAGACGACACGACGACGAGCGGCGUUUGAAUGUAAGCUCAUGAAACUAAACAGGAGACUGAGAGAGGAAGAGGGAUCGCGCAGAUUCAUCUUGAGCACAGUUAGCCAGGCUAAUUAAAAAUAAACGCAAGAGUGAUCUUUACCAUGAUCUAAACAUUUAGGCGCUGUAAACCGGCUCGUCCCCUUUUCCACAGAGGAUAAACACAGGCAUACGGGACUCUGAAUCAGGCUCUCAACAUGUCAAAAAUGCCGGCCAAGAAGAAGAGCUGUUUUCAGAUCACCAGUGUGACUCAGGCCCAGGCGGCAGCUAUCGGUGCCACAGACGACACGGAGAGUCUGGAAGACCCAGACGAGUCACGGACUGAGGACGCGUCGUCGGAGAUAUAUGACGUGUCUCGGGCCGAGUACGAGCCUGCGUGUGACAGAAGUUCAUCUGAAGAAGCGUUGAAUAAUGUUGGAGAGCCAGAGGCAAUCAGUGUUACGGCACCAUCACUCAUACCUCAAUCCAGUCACUUGUCUGCGCUGUUAAACAGUCCCAUUGGGGAGUUUCGAAAAGUGGGAGUGUCCGGGUCUGUUCAAGCUGGUCAGCAGCCACAGGGGAUUGGUAUUACGACUGGUUUACCCCUCAUCAGCCAGGGGGGAGAGCAGCAGCAGCAGCAGCAGCAGCAGCAGCAGCAACAACAACAACAACAACAACAACAACAACAACAACAACAACAACCUACCCCAGCAACUAGUACUGGGCCCACCAAUGUGUCAGGAAAUGCACCCCAACCUGCUGCAGUGAACAUUUCUGCUGCUCCAUCUCCCGCCUCCACGGUGAGUUGCACUUCACGCUUCAGGGUCAUCAAACUCGAUCAUGGUACUGGAGAACCAUUUCGGAGGGGCAGGUGGAUGUGCACAGAGUUUUAUGAGAAAGACUCUGAUUCUUCUGUUGUUAGUAGGACUGUAGAUAGCCUUCGACAUACCAGUGCUAUGUUUGACCCUGCUGCAGACAGAGACAGUGGGCUUGGGCUUACAGGCGCCUCGGUUGUUUCCUCAGCAACAUACUCAGGUCAUGGCUUGGGCUCCAUGGCAGAUUCUUCUCUCUCUUCACCCCGCAUGCAUUCAGUGGAGACGACACCACAGCAGCAGCAACAAAUUCACCAUCAAAGUUUCAGUGCCCGUCAACAGGGUGGUAGUGGUGCAGUCGUGCAGAGUGCUUUCUCUGGCAGCAAGCAAACAGUUGGAGGUGUCCAGCUCUCAGCUCCCCAGAGCGUGCUGCCCGUUGGACUAAAUGGGUUGCCUCAAUCUGGUAUCCACCAACAAAUGUCCCCCAUCAUGCCCCCCUCAGCCCAGCCCAUCACUUACCCUCCCCAGCAGCAGCAGCAGCAGCAGCAUCCAGUGGGUCACCCCUUAACCAGCCACUCAUCUGGAUUGUUGCAGAACCAGGCAGAGUACUAUCAGCAACAGCAGCCAGGCCUUCCCACCAGCCAGUCCAUCCCAGUGUCACGCCUCUCUGCAGGUUUGCAGCCAGGUGGUUCUACGUCUGUCGUUCCUCCUAACUCUGGAGGGACAUCUCUACAAAGUCAGUCUGGAGAUAUUGCUGGAGCAGGAACUGUGUUGGCUGGACAGCAUGGCCUCUUGCAGCAGCAGACUGUAGGAAUGGGAGGUGUUGGAGGCUCCAUGCUGGUCGGUGGAUCCACUCUACAGCAACAGACUUUGAGUCAGUAUGCAACCGCUGGACACCCUCAACCUCACAGCCUCCACCCUACAUCCUCUAGUGUUCAGAAUGUGCCUGCCAUUGCAGCGAGUUCCAGUGUACCCACCACUGUUCCCACUGCUGUGCCCAGUGCCUCCAUUGCAGCCAUGCCAAAUGUGACAGCUUCCACUUUGCCUCUCGGUCAGAUAACCCACAGCAAGUCUCCACUAAUUUUGGGGGCGCAGGGCCUCCCAGGAUCUGGACUUGGACAGGUGGAGGGUGGUGGAAGGAAGCCUGAGGGUCUCAUCAACGCCCAGUCUCCUGUCAUCUCUGGGAAGGAACCAGCAAAGCCAUUCAUGCCUGACAGCCUGCAGCUCACCACUCCAGCUGUCAACAGCCUGUUUGGAAUCCACAUACCUGUGGACGGGGAGGAGGACAGGAACCCAUCCAAGGCUUUCUACCAGGCCUUCCAGUCUGGCAGCAGAUUAAGGGACUCAAAGGCCCACAGUGAUAGUGCCUCUGGGACUAAUGUUGUUGCCAUUGAUAAUAAAAUUGAACAGGCUAUGGAUCUGGUGAAAAGCCAUCUAAUGUAUGCAGUGCGUGAAGAGGUGGAGGUCCUAAAGGAGCAAAUCAAGGAGCUGUUUGAGAGGAACUCGAUGCUGGAGAGGGAGAACGCCGUGUUGAAAUCUCUAGCCAACAGUGAGCAGCUGUCUCAGCUGUCCACCCAGUCGACCCCCGGCACCAGCGCCACGCCCCCCCAGCAAGGACUCAGCCAUCCUCAGCAACAGGCCCAGCCUCCGCUUCAAGUUCAGCCUCUGUCCCAGCCACCGCCGCCGUCACACCCCCAGUUCCAGCACCACCCCAAACCCCAGCAGCUCCAGACUCAGCCCCAGCUUGACCCUGAGCAACAGCAACAGCAACAGCAACAGCAACCCAACGUCACCUCUGCUUGAAGCGCAUCUGCCCUGCUUGGCAUGGAGCAGAAAAAAAAGAGCAUCUUCUCUACAGUUUAUUACAGUUAGUGUAUGUGAAAAUAAAAAGAAGAAAAAAAAACUUUGUCUUCUUAGCCACCAGCUUGACCACAAAGUACAGUGCUAUAUGUAUGCGUGCGUGUGAGGGUGAGUUAGCAAGCAGGUAUGAAUUUGGUGUUUGGAAUGUGUAUGCAUCUGUACUGUGGGCCUUUCCAGUGUUAAUGCAAUCAUCAGAGAGGGAGACGGAGAGAGAAAGAGAGAGAGAGGGAUUUGGACGGAGAGAAAGUGUGCGUGUGUGUAGAGACUGUAGUGUCAGGGAAGGUUGGAGAGGUUUUAUCCUUUGGUCCACUCCUGGAUGCAAACUUGUAGAGAGGUUGUCCUGUCUCGGUCUUGGUCAAGAUCAACCUUCAACCAAACCUGACAGCUGCUCAGUCUGUGGGUGUGGAAAGGAAGGGUACACCCCCCACAUAAAGGGACACAUGGGAGUGAUUGUCAAAAAAAAAAAAAAAAAGAGCGAUUAUUUUUUUAAAUGAGACAAUGGAGUGGGUAAAGUUAUUUUUAGCCUUGCUGUUGUAAAGUAAUAAGUGGGAGGGAGUCUUUUUUUGUUUCCUUCUUUUCUUUUAUUUUGGAGCGCCACACCGCUGCAGUUACUUUCACAUCUGGUCUAACUCUUGCAUUGGUCUUUUUUAGUCCUACUGUCAAGUGUUUUAUUUAUUACAGGGCUGCUAUUGUCAUAAAUGAUCAAUUUAACCUGCUCAACAGUAGCCCUUUGACUCGUUUCCUCUGUUCUUUUUUCUUUUUUUUUUUUAGUGUUUAGCAGAUCAGCCAUAUGUCCCAGGGACAAUGCUUUAUAUUGGUCAAAAGAUGUAGGCAAAACAAAUUCUGACAUAAUGUUAAACACUAACUCAGAUUUUUAUUCUGCACUUACCAAUUCAAAUCUUAAAAUCAUUUUUUUUUUGUAUCGUAUAAAGUAUUGCAACUCUUCCUUCACCUGUUGACAUCAGAUCUUUUAAGUGAGCCUGCACAAGACAGUUGAAGAUUCAUGACUGUCUGUAGUUUGUCUCCAAGUGAAUUACCUUUGUUAUACCCUGCUCCUUAAACUUGUUUAUUUUCUCCAUUGUGUUUUCCUGAGGGGGCCAGGGGGAAAAGCUGUGAAAUCAUUCAUCCUACUUUAUAACCAAAGAUGCAAAGCUGUGUAAAUGGAUUAUUUUUAAAUGCACACAUGUAUGUUUUUUUUUUUUUUCUUUUUGUUACUUCCUCUUUCACAAAAAAUCUUUUGUUGCUGUUCAGCAUGUUCUGCAUGAUCUGUAAUCUUCAAACCACUUUCUUACCUCAUUUUUAUUCAGCACUCUUAUUGUAAGAUAGUCUGUGAACAGUGUAAAUGGGGAGGGGGGGGAAGCUAUGUGGCACAGAAAGAAAAAAACAAAACAACCUAGUGUUAGUGACACUAGCCACAGAAAAAUGAAGUGAGCCAUGUUUUGUUCAUUUAAAUGGUGUUUGAAUUUCAUAUGCCAAUAGUUUUGUUACAUUGCAAAUUUUAAUGUAUUUAAAUAAAAGCAAUAUUCAGAUUCCGAAA